AUGUGGUACGGAGACACAAGUGGGUGGGGAGAGAUGACAACAGUGAUCGAGAGAAACACGAGCAUCCCCGCGAGCAGGAGUAGCAUAUUCACGACUUUCCAGGACGAUCAAGAAAGCGUGGAAAUCAAGGUGUUCGAGGGAGAACGUCCGUGUACCAAAGACAACAACCUGCUAGGCACCUUCUCGCUGAAUGGGAUACCCAAAGCUCCGAGGCACACACCUCAAAUCGAGGUAUCUUUUGACAUUGACGUCAACGGAAUUCUCGAUGUGAGGGCAGUCGAAAAGAGCACCGGCGUCGAAAAGAAGAUAACCAUCAAAAACGACAACCGCAUAUCUAAAGAAGAGAUAGAGCGAAUGAUUCAGGAAGCUGAAAGGAACAAAGAGAACGAUAAUAAAAUAAGAGAGGCUAUCGAAGAAAAGAAUGGAUUGGAACAGGCCUGUUACCAGUUGAAGGGCCUUUUAUCAACGACCACAUCGGAUAAAAAAGAGGAUUAUGUGAAGCAGGUAGACGAGUUAUUGAAUUGGAUCGACGAAACGGACAAAUCGGGAAUUCCGAAGGAGGCGUAUGUAAAAAAGAGACAAGAGCUUGAAAAGCUACAGAGUAAAAUGAUGGAAGAAAUAAUCGCCUCUGACAAGUCUAGACCGAACGAUAAAACGAAAGACGGAAAGGAUAAAGAGCCAGUGAUCGAAGAAGUCGAUUGA